ACCCUCGUCACUGCCCCAGCUUCAUUGGGAAGUGUCUCUUCAGGAAUGCAGAUUGGAAAAAAAUUUGUGCCUCCCGUCAGUGAUCAGAGAGAGAGGACACACCUCCGAUCUCAAACCCGAGUUCACUAGUCAAACAUCUUGAAAAUACCUUUGAGAGAGAGUUUGUCGGGAUGUUAACAAUGAAAAGAAAAAUUACAGGUACGUUAUUGAAAUAGUUAUAGCAGCACGUGGGGACUUAUAACACUAUAUUUCUCGGGAACAAAGUGUUUAUGUUCCAAAGAUCAUCACUCUACCCCUUACCAUUGCUGAGAUAUUAAUGGUUGAAAAUGAGAGUUUAACAUAGAAACAAAGUUGAAACCAUAAAUGUAGCACCAGUUUAUUGUAGUCCAGACUUCCUAGCUCUUCGCAGUUGCUUGGAAAGUAAGGGUCGUUGUUCAGGUCCCUGGAGUAGCUGCAGCAAGCUUCAUCAUCAUCUUUAUUUCUUUUUCUAGAUGUUGGAUCCUCUGUCAAUGAGCAGCCCUGAAAACUCAGCAUCAGGAAGCUGCCCUUCACUAGACAGUCCCUUGGACAGUGAGAGCUACCCCAAAUCUCGGAUGCCCAGGGCCCAGAGCUAUCCCGAUAACCAUCAAGAAUUCUCAGAGUAUGAAAUUCCUGUAUUUGAGAAGUUUGGAAAAGCAUACCCUCGCCGAUACCAUAUCUCAUUCCAUCACCAGGAUUACAGUGACGGCCGCAAGACGUUCCCUCGUGCUCGCCGGACCCAGGGAAACAGUUUUCGUUCACCAGUGAGUUUCAGCCCUACAGACCACUCGCUCAGCACCAGCAGUGGGAGCAGCAUCUUCAGCCCAGAGUUUGAGGAGAGUCGGAGCAGGAGGAGGGGUAGCGACAUUGAAUGCAACCCCACUCUCACUGUCAUGGAUAUCAGCCCACCCAGCCGCUCUCCAAGAGCUCCCACCAAUUGGCGUCUGGGGAAACUGCUUGGCCAAGGAGCCUUUGGGAGAGUGUACUUGUGCUAUGAUGCCGACACUGGUAGGGAGCUGGCAGUGAAACAGGUGCAGUUUGAUCCCGAUAGCCCAGAAACCAGCAAGGAGGUGAGCGCCUUGGAAUGUGAGAUCCAGCUGCUGAAGAACCUGUUCCAUGAGAGAAUCGUUCAGUACUACGGUUGUUUGAGGGACACUCAGGAAAGGACCCUCUCCAUUUUCAUGGAGUACAUGCCAGGGGGAUCUAUAAAGGACCAGUUGAAGGCCUAUGGUGCACUUACAGAAAAUGUGACCCGGAAAUAUACACGACAGAUCCUGGAGGGUGUGUCUUAUCUACACAGCAACAUGAUUGUACAUCGGGAUAUCAAAGGAGCGAAUAUCCUGCGGGACUCUGCAGGAAACGUCAAGCUAGGUGAUUUUGGAGCUAGCCGGCGGCUCCAGACCAUCUGCCUAACUGGAACGGGGAUAAAAUCAGUCACUGGCACCCCCUACUGGAUGAGCCCCGAAGUGAUCAGUGGAGAGGGCUACGGGAGGAAGGCAGACAUCUGGAGUGUGGGCUGCACCGUGGUAGAGAUGCUGACACAGAGACCUCCUUGGGCAGAGUUUGAAGCCAUGGCUGCUAUCUUUAAAAUAGCCACCCAGCCAACCAACCCACAGCUGCCACCCCAUGUCUCGGAUCACUGCCGAGACUUCCUCAAACACAUUUUUGUGGAGGCAAAGCUGCGUCCGUCUGCUGAAGACCUGCUGCGGCACACCUUUGUGCACUAGAACCCCCCUCCCCCACCCUCCCCACCCUCUGUCUCUUGCUUUCGACAGCACUUUUCUAAUACAUAGUGUUGGGUGAGCUUGCAUGGAUUUAAUGCUAAAAACUGUUGAAAACUAGAUAUUUGCAAGACUAGCUUUCUUUCAGGAUACAGUAAGAAGAAAUGGUCUUCACUCUCAAAUAGCCUGUUUUGAUUGCAUCGGUUAGUAUAUUAUCUAACUACUCUGAUUAAUGUAAUUAGACAGCCUCCUCUUGAUGUUGACAUCACUUGAUUAUGAGUAUUUAAAAAGAUGCUAAUGUGCAGCAGCGAAAAAUAUUAACAGUUAAAAGCAUAGUAACAAUUUAUUUAAAUGUGAUGUUGCAACUUACAUUUGUAGAUAGUCCCUGCAUUCUGUAUGUGUUAAGCCAGUGGAUUCUGCUGUUUUCACUCAUAGUGACCAGUAGCUCUGGCAAUGCCAGUUGGUUAUUAGGCCAGCUCCUGUGUAUUAGAAGAUCAGAUUAUAUUCGGCAUCAGUAAAUGACAGAAGAGGCCACAGCCUGGCUAUGAUCUGAAGAUGGUAUAUACCUUUCAGUAUAUAUUUAUUAGUUUGCACAUUGACUUACAAUGCAUUCACCAUAAAGCUGUGGUGGAAAUGGUAAUGAUUUAAUUGGAUAUGUUGAGAUAUUUUUACCAAAAAGUAUAUAUUAAUUAUAUACUGUAGUAAACUGUAUAUAUAUAUAAUAUGAAUUCAUAAUGAGUUUUUGGAAACAUUUUUUAUGUUAGUGUUUUUAAUUCACUAAAGUUUUGUUUUAUUAAAAUAAAUAUUUUUAUUAUUUACAAUUUGAGUUUUCAGUUAGUAGAAAUAAUGUGAUUUGAUAGUGGAAUGUGUUAAGCACAUUUUGAUGUGCAAAAAUGGAUAGUAAACGUAAGGAAAUGUUUGUCUUUCAAGAAGACAUUCUUUUUAUUUUUUUACAAUAGAACAUAUAGCAUGUCAAGUUACUUAAAGGAAACAAUAAAACAUUUGUGGUACAAAUGCUGAGCAGAGUUAAAUAGCUAGAAGUAAUUUGAGAGUGGUUUUGAGAUUCUGUUUCUUCCUCAAUAGUGUAAUAAAGCUAGUGUUGUAAAUAUAUAUUUUUUAUUUCAAACCUUGCCCAUUUCUAAUAACACUUGUUUGACUUGACUCUAGGUCUGUCCUAGGUUGCAAUUUAUUAUCCUGGAGUUUUAUAUUUAGAGAAGAAAAGUGUAGUAUUUUUGUUUCCAAAUUGGAAUAUUCUGAAACUUUUGCAGAGUUCACCUUAUAAUCCCGCAGACUGAAAGCACUUUAUGCAUGCAUUGUCCUUGUUUUUUAAGGAGCGGUUUAACAGUUGUAUGCCACGUUUUCAUCUGCAGUGUAAUUUGCUGCCCUGUCCUAUAUUACACUUUUGCCAGGACCCUUUUCCAUCUGCACAGAGUAUGAUAUUCUGGCAUGUAAAGAGAGGGCAGAAAAUGCAUGCAUGUAUAGUUUUAAUUUCCCAACUUCAAUGCCUUCAAUUAGCAUAAUCAAUAAAUGCCCCGACCAUGUGUUGGCUUAACUCCUGUUGGGAAAAAUGACUGCAGGUGGAAACAUACAAAUUCAGGUUCAGCUCAGGACAAACUCAAGUAUGAUAUCUAGUGAAUACAAGGCAUUAGUAGUAUGAAUUAUGGAUCUGUGGAUUAAAAUAAAGCCAACUGUUUACAAUUUUACAAAACUUUCAAUUAAGAUGGGAGGGCAGAUUUAAUGCCAGUGUUGUAGACAUAAAGCCUGUUAGUUGCAUGCUCCACUUUUUUAAUUAAGAAGUUUGCUUCCAGUUCAUAGUUUAGGGCAAGUCCACAUUUGUCAUUUUCAUUUGAAUUUCAAAUACAUUAAGUGCUCUUUGCAAGGUUCAAGUUUUACAUCAGCUGGAAUUUAACCAACUUAUAGGUGAAACGUGUCCCGGUCCAUGGCAGGUUCCCACUGUUGCCCUUGAUUGUAAAGAUUUUUGUUGUUAUUGUUGCUUCAAGUACAACACAAUAUUUGGUAUUGAUUCAAGAAGUUUUGAAUAUUUACUGCUGUGGAUUAAAAUCAAGAAAUCUGUCAGAUCAGAAUUUCCUUUUCUGCAGGUUAACCAGCGGUAAAGGACUGACAGCGAGUUCAGUCCUUUUCAUUCUUAGUUUCAGUGCUGGAGUACAUUUCCAUGAACUCCAACUUGAGCAUUGAAAUCUGUACAUUCUGGAUAAAAUAUUUCUCACGAUUUUCCUCAAAUGUACAUGGGAACACUUGCCUCCAGUGCACUAAUCUUGUAUUUUACUGAGUACUAAAAUAAUGCCAAUUAGACAUAAGAUUUUUUUUUUUUUAUCCCUAAUAUUACAUGUCUAAAUAGUUUAUUUUGUUAGGAACUAAGUGCUAAUUACACUCAAUCACAUCUCCUAUUGGAGAGGAUUUUGAAUGGAUCAAAAACAUAUAUAUCAAAAAACCUUAGCGCGUAGUUUUACAGAUAUAGUGGUACAUCUUUUUUUUUUUCUUUUUUGUAAAUUGAGUGUAUCAAGGGGUACAUUGUACAUUUUUUUCUUAUAUAUAGCUUUUAAUUCUAUAUUUGAUCUAAUGGUUACUAUCUGUAAAUGUAUUUUUACCUUCACCGUUGAUUGCUGAGUGUAGUGUGUAUGUAUGUACAGAUUUUUUUUCUAUUACUGUCGAUCUUUUUGCACAUUUUUUGAAAACUGUAUAAUUUGUACACUGAUGUAAUACUCAAUGGCAAAUUGAUGCUGGGUGUACGAAAUCUGGGUUAAUGUGCGCACUUUACUACUGUCUGUACUUCUGUGUCUUUUGGGGUUUUUAAGAUACCUUGGCGUCAGUAGCUUCAUAGUCUUUGGCCUUUUGUACUGCAGCUCUGCAUACAGGUACUUUAAAUACAGGAAGGUACACUUUUUUUCUAUGCCAGUGCAGAUUUGAACGCUGUGGAUAUUAGCGGUUUGUUAAAAUUGAUGAAUAUAAUUUGAAAAGAUUGGAUAUAAUAGCUAGAAGGAUUAAUCAAACCUUCAACUUAGACGUUGGCGGUACCCAAAGCUAGUCCACAAAUCAUCCCUUCAGAGUGGUUUUAUCCUGCAGUACAUGAUAGAAAAAUAAUUCUUCAGCAUUUAACCUCUCUAGCACAAGAGAGUCACGGGAGGGACAGGUAAAUGUUCAAAUUAACCAUAUUAGUUUUGAACCGCUUCAGUCGACAGCAGGAGAUUCUAGUCCAAAGUUGAAUCAAUUUGUAUUAAUUUUUGUUUCACAUGUUGCCCAGAAUUUGGCACAUGUACCCCAAAUGCAAGAGGAUAACUACUUCAAACCCUGUCGGUGUAUUAUCUGCAAAUACUCCCAAAAUAAUGCAAAAGGACACAGGGUUGUUUCAGGUGCCUUUGAUCACAUAGGAUAUAUUAGCAAGGUCCUGUCUCCCUGCUAGUGUAAUAGAUCCCUCUGCCUUUCCUAAAGCCCAGGCAUGUUUACCCUCUCCAGGGUAGGGAUAGGGCCUCUUGCUUGGGUGUUUAAGGGAUUUUCUUGUGUAACUAUCUCAAGCUAGCUACGCCUUUGACUGUGGGCUGCUGACCCCAAGUAUUGAAUGCACUGUUGAAUGUCUUUGAUGACUGUGUACUGUAUUUCAUUUAGGAGAGCUGGUAUACUCCACACCUUAGAACGCCGUUGUUAGUUAAAGGUUUACACUCUUCAUGCACAUUUUGACUGUAUAACAAAAAAAGGAUGUACAAAUGUAUAAAUUUAAAAAGGUACUUUUUUUUAAUUACACUUCCUCGUACAAUUGCUUAUAUAUAUCUUUUUUUGUUCUCUGUAUCUAUUGUAUAAGAAGCCAUGUUUAUAUUUGGUUUGUGACCAAUAAGCUUGUUUAUAUGAAAUCUGUAUAUCAGUGGUACGCAUCAUCUUUUGUAUUUUUUUUUAAAAGACUGAUUUUAUGCAUGACGAUAUCUGUAAGAUUUAGUACACACGUUGAAGGAACAGAAUUGUUGCUGUUCUGAUAAGCCCCCAUGUGGAAACUAAUGGAUUAAGUGCAAAGGGAACCGCUUUACACAAAGUAGCCGGUCUGGACUGGUGAAGAUCUGUGAUAGCCGGCACUUUGCAGAGUGUUAAUAAAGAUAAAUAUUUAUUUCAGUUUUGACUUUGUCUUACUUUUUGAAUUAAAGGGAGGGAUUGUAAUUGUUCCAUUAGUAUUGUGUGGGUUCCAAGGUUUAUUAUAAUUUACCGUGCCUUGGAAAGGUUUUGCUUUGGAUACUGUUGCUACGAGGUUCCUCCAGGAGGCAGCAUUGUCAUAAACAUCUACUUCCAGCCAUUCAUAUUGCUGCUAAUGUCACAGUAAGCAGCACAAGCAGGCUGGAUAGGUUCUGUUGUUUUAGUCACCACUGCAAUGAAACCGGUGAAACGGAAGUACCUUAAAACUGUUCAGUGGUAGCCGUGUUUGAAUAUCACAACAUUAUAAAGUGAUUAGCAUAUGCAGUUAACAAAGUAUGCAGUUACUAAAUAACUCUUUAAUGCAUCUUGCUUCUACUAAUAUCUCCUAUCAACAGAUGAACAACUACUGCUGUACUUUCACUUUAGUGCUUUCUUGCUGCCUCAUCUGCUCUGCCUGAACACACCACAAUCCCAUUGGAUGAACUCAUAUUUUCUCCCUGGCCUUUGUGAUGACUUUAACAACAGUUUGUUUGCAGUUUAUGUCCUACAAAGAUGGUGAAAACAGGAUAUAUUACCAGUUCUUGUGGGGAAUAUAUAAUACUGGCACUCAGACCUUUUAUGUACUCUUAUCUUUAUUGUGUGGAACUAGUUUGCCAAAACCCUGAACAUAUGUUUAAAUAACAAACGUCUGUUCAAGUAAUCAUGUGUUGGUGGCCCCUUGACAUCAACCUCAUUCCCAAUAUGGCUGCCAUAAUGAGGUCACGUGACUUUAGGUUAAUGCAUGAUGGUGACACUUUAAGGGUCAUAUUCGAUACACAGCUGUAAUCUAGAACAAUCUCAUGGCAGUUAAGUUCCAUUACCUGUCGGCCUGUAAAAACGUUUCACUUCCACAUUGUUUUAACCUGUAGCCAUAUUAAUGGUAUAGACCCAGUGCUUAAUUUGUACAGUUAGAGGUGCCGGGGCGCAAGCAAUGACAAUAAUACAAUUUUUAACAACCGCACAUUCAAAAUCAUAACACGUUUAUUUGAAAGCGUAUUGUAUGUACUAGUGUUAGAUGUUUUUCCAUGUUCCCUACAUGUUGAAGUUUCAUUGUACACUGUCAGAUUUGAGCUGGCCAUGCUAACAGAAAUUUAAACAAUAAAUAAUGUGUUUUUCUGAAAAGCA